UAACAGGGAGCAGAGUUAAACAAUGUCGCCGUGGUUAACGUGGCGACCGAGUUUGGAGGGAAGUUAAAGCCCGGACUGUGCGAGUGCCGGCCGUGUGAUUUGUUGUGGGUAUAAGACAGCUUAUUAUCCGUCUCCAAGAUUAUCUGCAGCCGGGACUAAAUAUUGAUAGGCCACCGUCAUAGGCAGAUUAGAUGGGUGAAAAGAAAGAAAGGGGGUGCUCCACGAGAGCAACAACAAAACAAGAGGUGGUGGUGUAAGCGUAAAUCAACUUAGGUCACAUCUAUAAUCCCUGCCGUGACGUUUCCAUGUCUGCCUGUGUAACAUAGGUUUAACUUACAUGCGUAGGUUUGCCGCUAGUUUAGAAGACAUGUUAUAUCAAACGCUCACUGGAGAUGGCUGCGGGGCGAAGAGGAUACAGGAAAUGAGAAGAUUUCCCGAACCAAAGAUGUCAAGAUGCAGCCUUUAACAGACAUCAGAUACCUUGGGCGGACUGCAGUCAUCAUGGAGAUUUCUUUUCUCAUCUAGGACAUCAUGUGGCUUGUCAGAGGAGCAAACCGGAGGGAAUAUAUAAAGAUAAACAACAUUCCCCAUUUCUGACGACGUGGAUGAACUCAUGUGACCCAUCAAUGUCUGCUUCUUGAUCUCCGCACUGUUUUUGUACUGAAGCAUGUAGGGGAGGAACAUUGACAAAGUGUCACCGACAAGUACCUGGACCUGUAAACCGUAUCGACCAGAAGAAAGUUGGAGAAUAGAUUGUGAAGCUUUAUGGUUUGCAGCAUCAGCCACUGAACAUGCUCCAGACUGGCAACUUCUCACUGGUGCUGCUGAUCCAGCUGACACUGUUAGCCUACGACCUCUUCGUCAACUCCUUCAGUGAACUUCUGAGGGGAGCACCCGUCAUCCAGCUUGUGCUUUUCAUCAUCCAGGACAUUGCCAUCUUAUUCAACUUGAUCAUCAUCCUCCUGAUGAUGUUCAACACCUACGUGUUCCAGGUCGGCCUGGUGUCUCUGCUGCUGGAGAGAUUCAGGGCCCUGCUGAUAUUCUCUGCUCUCUACCUGACCCUCAGCAUCUGUUUCCACUGCUGGGUGUUGAACCUCAGAUGGCUCCAGUCAAACCGUUUUGUUUGGACAGAUGGUCUUGAAGCUCUUUUUGUUUUCCAGAGAACAGCGGCUGUGUUGUAUUACUACUUAUACAAACGCACAGCAGAGUUCAUGGGAGACCCGCGGCUGUAUGAGGACUCCAUGUGGCUGCGUGAUGCCUUUGCCCGAGCUCGUCAGUGAAGAAGGGACAAUUUUGAGAGACUUUAAGGAAUGUACACCGCAUUAGCAGCAGCUACUUUGACUUAUUUUAUAAUCACUUUGCACUACGUAUACAACACAACUACAAGCUAAUGACGAACACUGCAGAACUCACUAACAAAGAGGAUGAGGCAAAGUCUCAUCAGAGUGUGCACUGGCUCUUUAUACCAAGCGUACAGCUGGUUAAAUGGUUUACAAUGGCAGGUUAGCCAAGGAUGGCAUGUGUAGUAUUGUAUUAAUCAGGAUUCAGUCUGCUAAUCUAUGUGGCCUUGUAAAUCAAUUUGGGUUGCAGACAAAAUACAACACAUUGAAAAAAAUGGUAGAAGCUGAGAAAAGAAGUAUUGUUUUUAUAUGUUUUUUUUAGAGGCAAGUUCUGUGUUGUUUGGUGAAAAGUUCUGUUGUUCCCCCUACAAGCAAGAGACAAGUUGGUUUAUUUUGCCUUAUGUGAGGUUAGAACGUGCUGUUUACAUGGUGGAUGGCCAAUUUUCAUGUGUACCCAGUUGUCUUUGAGUGGGAAUCUUUGAAUCGUGUUCCCGCUGUUUUUAUUAAAUAAUCCUUCUCUAA